AUGAAGAAUAUUAAGCAGUUUCGAAUUCUGGUCAUUGGUCGAGCAAAUGCAGGCAAAACGACUAUCCUCCAGCGGGUCUGCAACACAGUAGAUGAUCCCAAAAUUUUUGAUGGAAAAGGUAAUAAGAUUGACAGUGCUCUUGUGCAAGGUAGCUUGAAGUGUGGCUACCAUGAUAUUGAGGAUGAACUUGUGUUUUGGAGCAAUCCAGGGUUUGUAUUUCAUGACUCUUGUGGGUUUGAGGCAGGUUCUGUGGAGCAGUUUGACAAUAUGAAGAGCUUUGUGGGGGAUUGUGUGGUUGCAAGAAGCCUGACAGUGACUGCUGCUGAGCUCAAAUUUUUCAAUGAAUGUGACACAGGUCAUGUUCCAGUAAUAGUGUUACUGACAAAGGCAGAUGUAUUGAACUUUACUGCUGUGGAGGAUGUCAUAUCCAUGACUCUUGGACUCAAUCCUGGUCCAGUCUGGACCCCUAGCCCCUGA